UGAUUUAAAUUCGAAUGACAACAUCUAUGAUAAACAAAGAUAAGAUGGCUGAAGAGGCAAAGCUUGUUUUAGUCUCUGGAGCGUCAGGAUUUGUCGCAAGUCACAUAAUUUAUCAAUUGCUUCAAAGUAAUGAGUAUCGUGUUCGUGGUACAGUACGCGAUGUUAAUAACGAAGAGAAGACUAAGCCGUUAAAAACGUUGUGUCCAGAAACGAAAUAUCCUUUGGAACUUGUUCAGGCUGAUCUACUCAAUGCUGAUUCAUGGUUAAGCGCUGUCAAGGAUUGUGAUUACGUCAUCCAUGUGGCGUCACCUUUUCCCAACGCUACCCCGAAAACUGAAGACGAGAUCAUCAAACCAGCAGUGGAGGGCACCACAAAUGUUUUAGAAGCUUGUGUUAAAUCCUCGACUGUGAAGAGAGUUGUACUAACGAGUUCGUGUGUAGCGAUCUAUCCUGGACAUAAAGAUAGCGACGACCGCAUCCUAACAGAAGAAGAUUGGGCUAUUGUAGAUGAAUGUUCAGCGUAUGAAAAGAGCAAAGCUUUAGCAGAAAAAUCUGCGUGGGAUUUCGUGAAGAAUCUAUCAGAUGAGCAGAAAUUUGAGUUGGUCGCUAUAAAUCCAGGUUACGUAUUGGGACCAGUGUUUCACGGCUCAAAAUGUACCAGCAUGGAGGUUCACAAAAUGCUGCUACAGAGAGAAUUUCCAAUGCUUGCAAGACUUCAAAUGCCCAUGUGUGACGUUCGUGAUGUUGCAGCUGCACAUAUAACAUCUCUGACUUUACCAAAUGCUGCAGGGAACAGAUUCAUCAUCAAUACGAAAAGUUUAUGGGUUGGGGAAGUUGCAGAAAUAUUGAAAAAAGAGUUUUUUUCCCAAGGUUAUAAUGUUCCAACACGGUACGCUCCGAAUUUUGCUAUUCGUUUUGCGGGAUUGUUCGACAAGACUCUUAAAAUGAUUGCACCAUUGCUUGGUAAGCCCAUCAAGCUAUCAAAUGAAAAGAUGAUUAAGGAACUUGGUAUCACCCCCAUUGAAAUAGAAAAGACAAUCAUUGAUAUGGCGUACAGUUUGAUAGACAAUGGCUUCAUCAUCAAGACCAACAAAUACCGAGGACAGAAAUCUCAAGAGAAAGAAGGCAGCAGCGAUUCGUAAGAAUGUAUAAUUUACCCGUUCAAGUCACGCACGACUUUUAAAAGCAUGUACUUUGUAAUCGUUUCUUCAUGUAAGCAGUAAAACAAUUGGGCAUAAUGGAACGUCACAGUUAAAGCGAAUACUUGAUCUGCUUUGUCUUGAUUUUUUUUGUCUUUUUCAUUUAUCACUGAGCAAUAUAGAAGGAAAUAUGUCAGUAUAUAAACAUUAUGUUCUGCAGAAAACCACAUAUAGUCAUUAGAAGCACAAACCAAAUUUAUUACAGACAGAAAAGGAUGACAUCUAUAAUCGUCAAUAAUUGACUUUAAUGGCACGUUUCCGAUAUUCAAAAGUUAAAAGAAAAAAAUUCUUUGCGAAAA